AUGAAGCGCCUGCGACAGAGAGAAACUGUCGGAAGCAAGCAAUUGCGAGUCGUCAUCAAGCGACGGCCGGCUGAUUUCAUUGCACAGAGUUUAUGGGGUUUGUUUAACACAAAAGGCGCCUGUGGCAGAGAGAAACUGUCAGAAGCCAGCAAUGGCGAGUCACCAUCAAGCGUAAUGAAAUCCUCCUCGUGCAAGUUAACUCGGCAAGAAGUCAACAUAAAUUGGAUGUUAGCUUGCCCCGAUCCAACUCCAAUCGCGUUUUUUCGAUAUAUAUGUCCAGCACAUCGAAAUAAAGCAACUAAUAAAUAUCAACAAAGUCUUGACCUGGCCUCGAAUAUUGCUGACAAUCAGGAGCUUCGGGAUAAACUAAAAAUAAUGAAAGAAACGGUGGAUGAUACAAGGAUUUUACAUGAUUGGGAAACAUGGUUGCAGGAGAAGACAGCGGGAGAUAAAUAUGUUGGCAUUAAACAAGGGUGA